AUGUCUCCCAAGGAUUCUUCCAACAGAAGUUUUUCCUGCACCAGGACUUCCCAUAAGAAUAAUAUUGUCACCCUUGUGAAGUAACAGUGAAAAUUGAAAAUGGUUGUUUAUUAGAAGCAUUAAGUCAGUCUAAAAUAUCCUGAGGGCAGUUAGAAGGAAAAGUACAGGAUGAUAGGAAAUAGUCGAUAGUCGAUAGACAAGUACCUUGACAGUCGACCGAUAUAUCGGCCCACAUGUCGACCGAGACAACCUACAGUACACAUGAUCCGAUACAACAACAACCAAAACAUCCAAACUAAUUACUAUUCUACUUUAUCUUAUAUCCAGACGUUUAGUUUUUCUGGAUGAAAAAACCUUAGUCAAGAUACAGUAGAAUACUACUUCAUCCAUCCAUCCCCCCCGGCCUCACUAAUUAAGAAAACACCAGCCUCCCAGCCCUACUCCCCCUGCCCCCCUGCCCCUUGCCCCCCCCUCCGCUAAACAGGAAAAAAAACAUAAACAAAGAGCGAGUCAUGGACAAAGUAUUGAGCGAUUUUUUUACCUUUGUCCUUCCGUCUUGCAGGAAUCUUUUCUGUAAAUUUACAAGAUAUUUCCAUCUAUUCCUUUCGAAGCACCACAUUGAGUGAUUUUCUCGAUUCCGACUCGUAAAAAAACCAUUUGAAGAAACAGCGCGAACAAGGAAUCUAUGUAAACCCAUUCGUCGAAGACAUAAAUCGUUCGCUCGGCACUUCAUUCUGUGGAACAUUUUGCUGAUGGGGAAUAAAAUCUUAGAGUUAAAUCUUGCUAUAACGCAUCGAAAAAGUGAAAAGCAAGUCACUCAAGAGUCACGCGAAUGUAACAGCUCACAUCGUGUGGCCACGUGGAGAGGUUAUUUUGUCUGGAAUUCAGGGGUAUAUUUCAUGUAAAUUACAUAGACUACAGCUUGGUUUCGUGCCGCUGGUUGUUAACGGUCGCAAUGAUUUGCACAUGGCUUCGAACCUUCGAUCAGGUUAAAGACAAAGUCUGCUGAAACUUUGAAAACCGUUUAUGAUGCUCUUAUCCUGGGUGCUAAAGCUGAUGUUCGCGAAAUCUUUGUCUCAUCGGGAUCAAGAAAAGUAGAAUGCCGUCAUCUAAGAAAGACUUGAGGCAAGCCUAAUAAUUUCAUAAUGAUAGUUAGCUGUUGGAUACGAUGUUUUUGUUCAGUUGUAGAUAUAUAGAGUUCACCCAACUCAUGGAAGCACAACAAUCAUUGAGAUCGGGGGUAAACCCGCAUAUCCCAGAAUUCUGGUGUAAAUUGAGUGCGAUAUGCAUGUAAUCCGGCACUCAGUUUGUUGCAUCAUUUUGGAUCACUUCGUUGAGAAUGUUUACCACUUAAAUAACGAAUAUGAUGAUUGUGAUUGCUAUAGAGGAAAUUUAUGGCUGUAUCAUGACUGGUAUAGUUUAUAGAAUGGAGGAUCUUUUCUGUACAUUUCAAUGUUACCUACUGCUUUAUUUUUUACUCCUUGAAGCAUGUACACAAACAAGGUAGGCCUCAGUGGCCUUGCCUGGGAUUUCUUAUUCACCCUUUUUUACUGCCCCUUCCCCCCCUACUUCCACUUCCUCCCCCCUCCUUUUCCUCCUUCCCCCUCCUUCUCUAUCCUUCUCCUUCCUCUCUCUCCUUCCCCUUGUUCCCUCUCCUUUCCCUCACUGCUCCCUUGCCCCUCCUUUUUUGUCCUUCCCCGUCCUUUGUAAUUCCCUGUCCUUCUUCAUAUUUCCCUGUCCUUCUUCGUAUUUCCCUGUCCUUUCCCCUCAUUUUCCAUCCUUUCCCCUCCAUCCCCUUCCUUCCAUGUCCUUCCCCUCAUUUCCUCUCCUUACCUUCCCUGCUCCCUUCCCCCAACUCUGUUCUUUCUCCUUCUUUCCCUUCUUCCCCUCCUUCCAACUACUUUCUUUCUUGUCAUCUCCCUCCUUCCCCUUGUUCCCACUCUUUCCCCUCCCUGCCCCCUUUACCCUCUGUCCUUCCCCCUCCUCCCCCUUCCUUUCCCCUCCUUUCCCUCCUUCCCCCUCCUUCUUGGUCCUUCCCCCUUCUCCCUCCUUCAGACACCUUACAACCCCCCUUCUUCCUUCUUUUAUCUUCUUUGUCAUCUCCCUCCUUCCUCCUGUCCCCUCCUACCCCUGAGCCAUUGGCAGGAAUUGGUUGAAUUUUUGUACUGAGUUGUCCAACCAUACUCAAGUUUAGUGAUGUUAUUCAACAGAACCAAGCUUAGCUUGUAGUUGGUGAACUGUAGCUUACUGGCCCGAUCUAUUUCAGCUGAUUUUCUCUAUACUUUGGAAAAGGCUUUGAUAAUCCCUAUCAUUUCCCACCUGUAGAUCUCAGUGUCCUGUUGGCUUUGAAGCUGUAAAUCUAGAUGACACCAACAACUGUCCAUUGCUGGAAGAUGUUGUAACUGAUCAUGAUAACUCUUCCCUUUGGCUAAUGAAAGUACCUUAUGAUGUAAGUAUUCUCCAUUCACUCUGAUGAAGGGCUAACACUUGUAACAUCAGCUUUGAAAUUCUUUACAAUGGCCAAUUUAGUUGUUAAUACUAAAUUACCUUGUUAAACUCUCCUACCUACACAGCACCACAGUUUCUCAGAAACUUACCUCCUUUAAUUCAAGUAUCCAAUUUAGUUUUCUUUCCCAAAAUAUGCUCGAAUUAAGUGUCAUAAAAGCCAAUAGCCAAGAGCCAAUAAUCACCACGGCCAAUCAGAACAAAGAAAUAUAUCACAAGGAGCCUAUAGGAACUGAGGAUGAAAACAGGCCAGUUGCCUUUAGCACAGGAAAACACACUUAACCAAUGCAAGUUGCACUUGGUUUAAGAGUAUAAUUUGAUUGGUUGAGGAAGUAGGACAAGUUAUCUGGACCAGUCACAAAGUGAAAUCAAGCAAAACUUAAGAAACUCCAGAUUAUUUGAUCUAAGACUGUUGUAAUAAUGACUGUGAAUAUAUAAAUUAAUAUCAUACAUGUGAACUGUGGAUUAAUGAAUGGAUAGGAGAGUGAUCUUUGCAGUAAUGAACACUAUUUAAUCUUCAAAUCUUAACCUGCAGUUCUCAUAUAUGACAUUCAUAUUUUCUUAGUCAUCACAGGUAACUUAAUGAUCCAACCUAAUUCAUUAUUUCAAACUAACAAAAUGACCCGCUCCCAGUUGGUAUAUUAGCUCAGUUGGUGAGGCAUUGCACCAGUAUCACAGAGGUCAUGGGUUCAACUCUUGCAUAGCCCUGAAUUCUUUUCCAGACCUUAUUUUUACUGCUGCUUCAGAAGUGUUCAUUACUGCUAAGAUUGCUGUUAUGUUCAUGUUCUAAUUAAAUAAGCAAAUUGGCAAAUCAGAUAGAGAACAAAUCACCAACCAGGCAAUGAGAAGCACUUUAGUGUCCUGACUUACUUACUUUUAAUUUCUAUUUUUAGUUUAACUUGGAAAGUCUAACAGGCCAGACUGUUAUUUUAAAUGGAUCACAACAUUUAUCUCUUGAUGUCACACAGGUAUUUACAAGGUCUGCUUGUUCUACUUGAUAUUCAGAAAAUUAAAAGUAACUCUGUUAUUUAAGUAUUAUGACCUAUUAGUUGGUCAUGCUAGGUUUUGUUUAUUGUGUACCAUGUAUGUACUGAGAUUUACAGUGUGAAGUACUAUCAUUCGUGUCUCUGAUUGGAAGAGCAAUUAUUUUCACAUUUUUAGCUUUGUACUUCACAGUGUAAAUCGAAAAAUUGCUUGAAAAGUUUUUAUUCACUCAUCAAGUGGCAUUAAAAAACCUCACUUCUUUUGCUGCACUCACUCAUUCUUUUUUUUUUGAUGCAUGGCAACUUGUGAAUGAAAAUUGUUUGUGCACACUUUCCAUGAUAUAAUCUGUGUCCCUCAAGAGUAAGUGGUUUGACCUCAGAGUUGAGAUUAUUGAAAUGUCAGUCAUUUGUACAGACAAAAGCGCUUCUUGGGACAUCUCUUACCUGGAUUAUCAGAGUACAUGUACAUGAUCAACUGCUGAUGCUAUUGAAGUGACUGUCAGAAAAAGAGGCAGCUUUUAAUUAUAUUCAUGGUUGUUCAGUGUAGCAGCUAUUAUAACAUAGCUAGUAAAUUUGUCUAAUCAAAUUCAAUUUUACGAGCUUGCUUCAUAUUCCUAUUGUGCACGCUCAUGACGUCAGCAAACAAAUCCCUUGAGAAAAAAAAAUUUUCCAUCGGGUUGAAAAUGUUAUAAAACAAUUGGUUCAUACGUCAGCUGUGCAUUCAUUGAGAUAUGAAGCACUUGGGAAGUUUGGAGAGCACUCAAGAAGCUAGAGUUGCCCACGGCUACACCUUGAGCAACUCUUACACAUCUUUUGUGCUCUCCAAACUUCCCGCAUGCUUCAUAUCUCGAUGGAUGACAUAUGAACCAAUUGUUAAUUGUUCUUUGGGGAACUGUGGGAUAAUAAUUGGUCUGUUGUUUGUCUUAAGAUUCUUACUCUCUAAUAGCGUAGCAAGCAAUUUGUAUUUUAGGUGAUAUUGUACUUUCACUUUUGUAGAGUUGCUUUUCUCAACAUGCACUGCAAAGUAUUCAAAACUGGACAAAAUUUUUCUUCAAAAAUCAACUUUCACCACUGCACGUGAUGAGGCACAGACUUGUUAAUCCUUUAAUUCCCAUGAGUGACCAAACAAGAAUUUCUCCUUACAUUAUCAAUACAGUAUCAAGCAUAAAAGUGACAAGAAUAAAAAAGAAAGCUCAAUUACAUGUAGGAAACUACUAGUUGAUCCGAUACUAAAUUCUCCAAAUUGACAUCAUAAGUAUUUUAUGGCAGACAGUAAGGAGAACUGCUAAUGAGAUCUUGGGAGUGAAAGUGUUAAUUACUUGGAAAUGAGUCUUAAAAGUACAAAUAAGUGAGUAUUAUGUUUUUACAUGUGAAAUUUGUGUUUACAGUCUGUUUAUGCAUCCACAGGGCAGAGAAAAAAAAAGAUAUGAAAUGCAUUCAAGGGCAGGUAGCACCGCUGAGGUAAUUAUAACCAUGCCACUUUAAAAUUUGUUCCUUCAAGUUGGGACCAAUGGUUUUCUGUUGUUUUUUUUAUUAUUAUUUCAAAUGUUUGUUAAUUGUUUUAUGUGAUUUUUCAGCUGUCUUCUUUUACUGUAUUGCUGCCAUCUUCCAAGCGAAAAUCUUUUUGUUCAGGUAACAAUGAUACUACAUGUAUUUAACCUUUUGCACUCUAAUAUCAGUUUACAUAUUCUCCAUACUGUUCUGUAUGCAUUUCUUAAGGUGCUGUUAAGGAGAAUUUGUUUAAAAAUCAAGCGCUUCUUUUGUUGGUGAUCAUUUCCUUAAUUCUCGUGACUGUAAUGUUUGAUUUAGGGGUAAGAUUGUAACGAGAAAUUUGAAGCCAAGCACUCUUAGGGGUGAACAGGUUAAAUUAUCAGACUCCCAAGACAACAAAAAAUAUUUCUGUCAUACUGCCCAAUAAUAAUGGCUCACUUUGCCCCUUCUCUAGUAAAAAAAAGGACUGUAUUAUACCUAAGAAUGACAGUAAUGUGUUUAAAAGCCGUUUACGACAGUUUCUAUUUAAAGUAUGGUAGGUUUAUGACCUUUGAAAUACCACCUGUUUAUGGUUUGCCCUAAAUUAAAGGACAAGUUUGACUUUCAAUUGCCCCCCCCCCCCUUAUAAAUUUUUGGCUCCCUCCAAGCUUCUCCUCUCGAAAAAAUCCCCCAGUUUGGAAGACAUGAAAAUAUUCAAUUCCCCCUUGGAACUAUUAGAGUGAUAUCACUUUUUUUUCAUUCAAUUUGCUGAUAUUAGGAAACCUUUCUAUUUUUAGCUGGUACAUUUAGUGGACAGAUGAGUGUCAUUCAGUCUGUGGUAGUUCCUCCGUCCACAAAACAAGAAGUCCCAGAGUCUUCCAGGGAAAGUUCACCGAGUGAGUAGUUUUGGACUUGAUCGCUAUUCGGGUACCGUAACGUAUUCCUUUCAUGCAUUACGUUGCUGCUAUUUGAUCCAAGCUACAAUCUUCUUUUUGUUAGUCUAUGGUGGUUUUCGCCUCCUAAAACUCCUAAAAGGUCGCCCCAUCUAGAUCUGCAAUGCUUACCUCUCCUCGAAUCAAUGCUCCAGCAAAUAUUCAAAAUAAUUUGUCUUCAAAAGGGUAGAAUUUUAUCAAGUUUUUAAAGAUUCUUCGGCAAUGAGAUACACUGUAGUUUGAAGCCUUUCGAAAUUCCAUCAUAAUUUUCGAAAGCACAGGGAAUGAAAGCCUUUGAAACUCGUUCGAUAUACCUCAAUGUCAUUGGAAAGGUACGUCUUUUGGUGUCUGUAGUAAAAGUGAUUGUUCAUGUUCACAAAAUACGUUUAUUUUUCAUUUAACAGAGAAAGCGAAGCGAACAUCAAGCCUCGUUGCAGACGACAUGGUAUCAAGUUCAUUUGCUAAGAAAAAGAAGAAUAAAGAACAAAACCAGCUUACUGAAGAGAGUUUUCUUGAAUCACCAAAACAUAAAAAGGAUAAACGGAAUGCUGACAAAGCAGAAACACCAAAUGGAGUUAGUGAUAACUAUAAGAAGCGCGAUUCUCCGAAGAAGAUAAAGGAGAAGGAGAGACAUAGAGUUGAUCUAACACGGUCAAGAUUUGAACCGAAGGCUGAAGGAACAACAAUUGGAGAACAGUGUUUAAUACAAUCGCCAAGGAAACGUAAGAAAGAUGUUGUCGAAAAACAGGGAAACAGUGAAGAUUCACCAUUGACGUCAAGUAAGAAAAAGAAGAAACGCAAAUCUAGUGGUACAGGAAGCCCAGAAUCUGCUCUGCUUGAGGAAACUCUUCCACGAUCCAAGUCGGAUAAAGACAGUUGUUUAGGAAUGAAGAACAUGGAUUCUAUUGAGCACAAAAAGGAUAAAAGUGGACAUGAAUCUGAACCCGAAAAAUCGCGCAAGAAAAAGAAGCAUUCAAAAAUGAAAACAGGAUGA